AUGUCAUUAAUCUGCAGGAAAGGUGGUCCACGAGGUCCGGGAAUAUUUUUCAUUUUACCUUGCAUAGAUGAAUACCAAACUGUUGAUUUGCGUACGGUGUCAUUUGAUGUGCCGCCACAGGAAGUGCUUACAAAGGAUUCAGUGACAGUAUCACUUGAUGCCGUUAUCUACUACAGAAUACAGGAUCCCUUGCGAGCGGUUAUUCAAAUAGCGAAUGUUGAGGCCUCUACUAGGCUAUUAGCGCAAACGACCUUACGAAAUGUUGCGGGCACAAAAAUGUUGAUGGAGCUUUUGGCUGAUAAAGACGCCAUUUCGCAAGCUAUUGAGAAGAUAUUGGAUGAAGCAACUGAUCCUUGGGGCGUGAAAGUAGAACUCGUUGAAAUAAAAGACGUGCGACUACCGUUAUCUCUACAGCGUGCUAUGGCCGCCGAAGCGGAGGCCACUCGUGAGGCCAAAGCGAAAAUAGUUGCAGCGGAAGGUGAAUUUAACGCUGCGCAAACCCUGAAGCAGGCAUCAGAUGUUAUCGGAAAAAAUCCUAUUGCACUGCAGGUAUAGUAUGUACAUAUGUAGAUAAAACAUAAAUAAUUGCCAACUCAGGCCCAUUCUGCGCGUUGUUGCACAUUUUGUAACCGGAAAAUUUGAUUACCAAAUUUUGUGACCACUUCUUGUAACCGAAAUUCUAGGUACGGAACAUUGUUAAGGCUGUCAAUACCUCUGAUCCAACACUUUUCGUGUAAAAUCCUGUAAAAAUGUUAAAUAGCAAAAAGUGAAGAAGUGA